AUGGACAGAUAUAACGACGGCGACAGCGACGGUAACGAGGCUAAUGCCACUGAGACGACCAUGGAUGAAAGCAGCAGCCACCGAGCCCUAUCAUCACAUCAGUUCACUCUGACCGACGAUCUUUUAAGCAGUAGCAGUAGCAGUAGCAGUAGCAGUAGCAGUAGCAGUAGCAGUAGCAGUAGCAGUAGCAGUAGCAGCAAACCAGAGUGUUGGUACUGCCUUCGGAUGAUGUUACGUAGGUCUUUGGUCGAUCUGUCAAGAUUCAGAGUAUUGCUCACCUGUCUGGAUACUGGCACGCGGUGUUUCCUGGCCCGGGAUAUCACCUCUACGAUGGAAAGCAAGUACUGGUCAACGUCUUCGGUCGUCUCCGGUUCGGCAUCGUAG